AUGGGCGAUUCUAGUGUUGGCAAGACAACCCUUAUACAUUCCUUCGUCAAUAACGAGUUUUGCGAGGACUUUAAAGCAACUAUUGGCGCCGAUUUCUUUUCGAAGACUGUAACAGUUGAUGGAACAACAAUAGAUUUGCAAAUUUGGGAUACUGCAGGUGAGGAACGCUUCCAUUCUGUUGGUGUUGCUUUCUACAGAGGGACAGAUGCUUGUUUAUUAGUUUACGACAUAACACAAAUCGAUACAUUUAAACGCGUAGGAGUCUGGCUCGACGAUUUGUUAAAUAAGGCAGGCAUUACAAAUCCAGAUGCAUUUCCUAUUAUGCUAUUUGGAAAUAAAAUUGAUCUUGCUGAUCAGCGACAAGUACCAACAGAAGAGGCCAGACAAUGGGCUAAUUCUAAGAGAUGCAGCUUCUUCGAAGUUUCUGCAAAGACUCAAGAGAAUGUUGAAGAUGGCUUUACCGAAGUCCUCCGAAAAUUCUUACAAAAUCAUGAUAGAGCAGUGCAAACUUCCCCAGGUUUUAAGAUAUCGCCUGCUCCCCAAAAACCAAAAAAGGAGUCAGCUUGCUGCUAA